GCAAGGUUCAGGUCAAUGCGUAUUGAUCACAAGGCAGAGGUUGUCGUCAAGUUUUGGCCUUAUUACACCAUGGCGGAGGGCAGCGAGGAAGCCAACACCAUCAGCCUGACAGUGAAGACCGCCAAGGACAAGCAGCAGAUCGAGAUAGCGCAGGAGGGCACGGUGAAGGAGCUACGAGAGAUUGUGAGCAAGAAAUUCAACACCUCACAUGAGCAGGUCUGCCUCAUUUUUGCUGGCAAGAUUCUGAAAGAUGACGAGAAGCUGAGUCAACACAACAUCAAGGAUGGCUUCACGGUGCACCUGGUGAUCAAGAGUCCCAGUGGCUCUGCUCAGCCCAACAACAGGGCCGCCUCCACCACCCCUGCAGCCACCACUGCCCCCACCAGCAGUACCUCCACACAGCAGACUACCCCUAACCCCUUCGCUGGCAUGGCUGGGCUGGGAGGGCUGGGCCUCGGGGGGCUUGGGGGCUUGGGCAAUUUGGGUGUCGGAAAUCCAAACUUCCACGAGCUGCAGCAGCACAUGCAGCGUGAGAUACUGAACAACCCAGAGAUGAUGCGGCAGAUCAUGGACAACCCCUUUGUGCAGCAGCUGAUGAAUAACCCCGAGUACAUGCGUGCCAUUAUCACCUCCAAUCCACACAUGCAGCAGCUCAUGGAGCGUAACCCAGAGAUUUCCCACAUGCUGAACAACCCAGACAUGCUGAGGCAGACCAUGGAGCUGGCACGCAACCCUGCCAUGCUGCAGGAGCUUAUGAGAUCUCACGACCGUGCCCUGUCCAACCUGGAGUCAAUACCAGGUGGGUACAGCGCCCUGCAGAGGAUGUACCGGGACAUUCAGGAGCCCAUGCUGAAUGCUGCACAGGAACAGUUUGGAUCCAACCCCUUUGCAUCACUUCUUGGGAACAGUGCUAAUAUUGACAGUGCACAAGCGGGUCGGGAGAAUAGCGAGCCUCUACCAAAUCCCUGGGCACCACGGAGCUCUUCUACAACCACCACCACAACCACCAGCCCCUCCUCAGGCAAAACCCCCACCACCACCACCUCAACAACCGCCUCCAACAACACUACCAGCACCACUAGCACCACCACUACCUCCUCCACUUCCUCUAGCUCUACCACUAUGCCAGGGAUGGGCGGCCUGGGGCUUACCGGGAUGCUGCAGAGCCCCGGCAUGCAGUCACUUAUGCAGCAGAUGAUGGAGAACCCACAGCUCCUCUCAUCGAUGAUCAACGCACCUUACACACGUGCCAUGUUUCAGAAUUUGGCAAGCAACCCAGACUUAGCUCAACAAAUCAUUGGCUCGAACCCUCUGUUUGCCGGCAACCCAGUCCUGCAGGAACAGAUGAGGACCAUGCUGCCCAGUUUCCUGAACCAGAUGCAGAACCCUGAGGUACAGAACUUCAUGACCAACCCACAGGCUCUCGCUGCAGUGGUCCAGAUUCAGAAUGCCUUGGAGCAGUUAAGACUCACCUCCCCGGGACUCUUCAAUGUCAUGGGCCUAAACCUCACGCAAGGCAUCCCCACAGCUGGCCAGUCUACCACCACCACCACAGCCACCACCUCCUCCUCCUCCACCACUACAGCCUCCACCAACUCCACCAACACUACCACCUCCACCACCCCAGCGCCUCCCCUCAUUCCUGGACUUGUUCCGGGCACAGACGCCUUUGCCAACUUGAUGUCCACUAUGUCACAGGCCUUGGGUUCAGGUGGCGGUGGUGGCGGCGGCAACCCUGAGCAGCAGUAUGCUUCACAGCUGGAGCAACUCUCAGCGAUGGGCUUCAUCAACAGGGAAGCCAACCUUCAAGCCCUCAUUGCCACCUUUGGGGACGUGAAUGCAGCGGUGGAGAGGCUGCUGGCACGCCCGGACCCACAGAGCUAAGGCAACGCCAGCCCUGUGUUUUAGCUCCUCAUGUUGUAACUGUUUCUCCAUUAGUUUCCUCUAAUCUGUGUGGGGUGUGUGUACUUCAGUGCAUAGGUACUUCCUUCUCACAACCCCGUUGUCAUCGCUGCUCUCCUCCAAGCAAUGCAGCGUUGCCUCCUGUCGGCCAGUCAGGGGGACCUAUUGGCAUUGGGUGCAUUUUUCCAGGUGAUGAUGUGGUGUUUGUAUUGUUCUUGACCUGCAGGCGGCUCUCUGAGGGCAGCACAGAGAGCCUUUGUUUACAGUGUACACAUAAAUUGUUUCACUAGAUGGAGCUUGUCUAAUUUGGUCUUCACAAGGGAAGGAAUUGCCAUGUGGUGUGGGUAGGAGAUAAUUCAGUGUGAUUUGUUACCUUAAGGGGUAUUGAGAGCCAGGACAAAAAUUUCUCAUGGAAGAAGGACUAGUAAGAAUAGCAGCUAUUAUAUGAAGUAAUUGUUUGCUUCUCCAGUAACCAUCAGUGCUGUGUUUCCUUGAGGACUCUUGCAUCAGUAGCAGGCCCCCUCCUUCAGCCCCUGUAGUGUGGCACUCAACUGUGCCUGCUGACACCUUCAGUAUGCUGUCAGGAUCAUCAUUUACUUUGUCAUCUUUGUAUUCAGUACAUACAUAUGCUCAUCAUUCUUUAUUUUCAAUGUUAUAUUCAUUUGUUUGUUCCAAGUUUGUCUCUUUUCUUUGUACAUAAUACCAUUACGUACUACUACUAUUACUAUUACAUGUUGAAAUAUAGAGAACAUUUUAAUACUUUUAACUGUGACGUGGUUUGUGAACUGAUCUUAUGUGCGAGCCUUCACCCACAAAGUUACUUCAAGGACUUGACAUUUACAGUGUUCCAGGGUUUGGUUAUGUGGUGACCGGAGGCAGAGUAUCAUUAACUAAGCAGACUCUGAUAUGUUUGGUAUGUUAAGAAAAAGGAGUUGAUGUGUAUGUGUACAUAGUUCGACCUAAUGAUUCCAUUCUUCUAUUUCUCCAAUUGCUGUCAGUCCCACACCAGUGUGAAGAGCAGUGGUGUGGGCUGGUCUCCGUACCCCCUAUGGGAGGCGAUUGUCAGGGACUCCUUUAAUCUGGUGACCUUAUCCCGCAGCUGUUGAUUUCUGGGGUGAUUUUUUCAGCCACUGAGGGAGACAUGCUGUGGCCCUUGGCUGGGUGAUGUGUUAGGUGGUGGUGGUGGUGAUUGGCUAGAUGAAAGGAUUGUGAUGGUGUGCUGGAUGGUGACUGGUGAGGGGGUUGGCAAGGUUGUGGUGUGCCCUGAUAAGCUGCUGGAUUGCAAUGGUUGCUGCUGCAAGAUGUGGCAGUAUGCUGGCGAUGGCUGUUAAGGUGCCUGCCUCGGAGCAACGUGGCAAUGUGCUAGGAGUUGAUUGGUGGGUUGCUAGAUUGUGGCUAUUGAUUUACUGGAUGCACACCAGCAAGACUGGACCUGAUUGCUGCAGAGAUGCAAAUGUUUUCAUUGUUGAUUGUCUGCAGUUUGGAAUGUGAGAGAAAGUGAACUGGUGACUGUGAGGAAGCAGGUUACUUAUCAUUUGUUGAGUGAGCAGAAGGCAAUCAGUGUUAUCUGUUGACGCUGGGAUUAUGGCAAAUGCCAUAACAAAUUGUUUUUUUCCUUAGUUCAUGUUGAUUUUUUAAAGUGUCCAUAAAUGGUCUGUGAUUGUGUAAGGAAAGUUUGGGACACUACAGUAUUUUGUUCUCCAUGCACCCAUAGUUUUCUCUUGGAUUUUUUUUAGUUUGACGUGCCGUGUUCACUGUUCUGUGUGACCCAGAGCUGCUGAGGGAGUGCUGGUGUUGUCUGUGUGCUCAGGUGACACCAUUGCUCAGGCUCCCCAUGGUUGAUGUUGCCACACCCAGAUGCAUUUCAUCUUCACAACUCUAGAGACAUUUUUUCUAUAUACAUAGCUUCGUGUUUUCCAUAUCAUAGUCUUGCUGGACAUUUGAAGCCUUUCUUUUUUAACUUGUCUUUUUGUUUUCUUAGACGUGACACUGUGAGUGAGAAAUCUAGGCGUAGAAUUGCUAGCUUGUUACGUAGCCUUGUCUUGUGCUUCAGUGAGGCGCGUCACAGUCUGCGGCUGCCUCAUGUAACAACUGUGAACAUCCAUCAGACAGCACAAAAAAGUCAGGAUUUGUAUCUGCUCUUUGUUUCUCUGGAAGUCCUUUAUUGUAGUGUUUGCUCAAAAUUCAGGUGAACAUGUAAUUAAUUAGUGUACCUCAGCUGUGGCAGAGGUGGAAGGCAGCCCUGCCACUGGCUCCUGAGACUCUGUGUCUCCAGGUACUGUUGUGUUCAUGCAAUAGUCUUGGGCAGUAAGGACAGAUUGGAACAGAGAGAUAAAAGUAAAGUGCAUUUAUUUUUACAUUUCCAUUGAUGCCAUACCUGCACGGGAGAAACAGCUCGUGAGUACCUGCCCCUGAGCCCCAGCAGGCAGCAGGGGUGUGUAGGGAUGGGAGGAGCCCAGUUCUGGGAACCUUACUGUGUGUCAUUCAGGCUACAUUAGGGCGGGCGAGGGGAGAGAGAGAGAGAGAGAGAGAGAGAGAGAGAGAGAGAGAGAGAGAGAGCGAAAGGAAGAGAGAGUGACCACUACCUUUGAGAUAUAGACAUAUAUUUUUCACAUCGAUAUGUAUUAGAACCUCAUAUAUAUAUUUAGUGUGACUUGUUUGUGUGGUGAGGUGUGUGAAUGCACAGCCUGGAGCAACUGAGCAGUGUAGCCCAAGUUUGCAUGUCCUGUCUUGUUUUGGAGCCAUCUGUGAGCAGGUUUUUGCAAAUAUACUUAGAGACUGGAUUACUUUACCCUAAGGAAAAUUAUGAAAGGUCAUAUUUAUAUUAGAUCAUAACUGGCAUGAAAAUAAAGCAACAUUUUGCUCCUGAAGAUGA